AUGGCGCAGGCGCCGGUUCCUCUCACGCAUGGCACAUACGACAAGCUGGACCCCGUCGCGCGCUUGAACGGCCGCGUAUUCGACAGUGACCCCAUCAUCGCGUACAUGCUCCUGAAUAUGACCCGAAAGCAGCGAUUGGAAUACCUUCCAAGCUACUGGUCCAAACUUGCCAAGUCGGCACUGAUGAACAAUGCGCUCAUCACCGAGGCCGAUGGGUGGAAGGCCGCUUCGAUCGUCAUCCCGCCUGGGAGGUACAUUGACAACGUCUGGACUCUCGUCUACUCUGGCUUCAUCUGCGUUCUGUGGAAAAUCGGAUUUUCGGGUCUGAAGCGGCUGUUGACCGAAUUCUCGGGCAUGACCGACAAGGCUAAGAGGAAGGGCCUCGGAGGCCAGAAGCGCUACUACUACGUCUUUAGUAUCGGGACCGAGUACGAGCAUCGCGGAAAAGGACUCGCCAAGACGAUCAUGCGCUAUCACCAGGAAAAGGCGCAGUCGGAGAACCUCCCGAUUUGGCUCGAGGCCACAACUGAAAGUUCGCGGUAUCUUUACCUCUCGAUAGGUUUCCAAGAAGUCGAAAAAAUUACUCUCGGGAGGGGCAAGGUUGCUGCAGAUGCUGCACUUCAGCCGAAUGGUCCGGGGGUGACUCUUUAUGCGAUGGUAUGGUGGCCGAAGUCUACAAACCAUGAUUCGGAGCCUGCGUCAAGCUCCGCCACUCCUUGA